ACGUCCAGUCGUUCCCCACCCCCUCCACCUCCCCGGAGAUUGCCAUGGCGGCCGGCGAGGAGUCCGGAGGUGCUGUGUCGGGAUUCCUGUUCGGUUCGCUCGCCUUCCAGCACCUCAACGCCGACUCGGACACGGAAGGAUUUCUCCUCGGGGAAAUCAAAGCUGAAGCAAAAAACAGUAUAACUGAUUCCCAGUUGGAUGAUAUUGAGGUGGUGCACACCAUAGAUAUACAGAAACAUAUUCCAUGUUACUGGCUAUUCAGUUUUUAUAACUCUGCUGGUGAAGUGGACGAAAGAGCAUUGCAGAAAAUACUGUUAAAUCAGGAAAAGAAUGUAAUUGGUUGGUAUAAGUUCAGACGUAACACAAAUCAGACCAUGACAUUCCGAGAACGUCUCCUUCACAGGAACCUUCAGAAGCAUCUGAAAAACCAACAGUUGGUGUUUUUUCUCUUUACCAGCAAGUUAAGCAGAGAGAAUGGCUCCACGCAUAGUCUGGAGUAUACGCUGUAUAAACCCCAGGGAAGUUUUAUUGAGCGAAUACCUAUAUCCGUUACCAAUCUAGGAAUGUCUGAACAACAAGACUACAAAACAUUUUCUGGACCGAGUAGUGCAGGUGGCUAUAGUCGAGCAAUGAAGAAACACAGACUUGUGUUUUUUGAUCAAGAAGGCUCCUUAAAAGAGGUUCAGAGAAUUAAAGGAAUGUAUGGUACACUGCAGGAAGAAUUGAAGACAACUUGUUUAAAGGUAGAAGAAAGUGAACGCUCGGUGGAACGUUUGCUAACUGAUGUACAACAACUCAGGAAAAUGGUAUCUGAGAAGAAAAAGCUGUACACACUGAUUCCAGGAGAGAGACAGAAUCAUGACCUGGUAGAAAACAACAUACACUUGUGUCAGGCUUUGAAGAAAGUUUUCCCAAACUCAAAACUUUUACAGUCUGUGUCAAUUACAAGAGAUGGUCAAGUGGUGCCAGUUCAGUGUCACAACGAAGAUAACAGGGUGAACGUAAAGGACACUUUCACUCGAGUUUCAGCCAAAAGCAUCCAUGUGUCUUCGUCAGAAAGGGCUAAUGCUUCUGGGAUUACAUGUAAACGCAAGGCAAAAAACUGUCUUAAUCGCCCAAGUCGGGGUAAAAAACGGAGAACAGUCUGGCCAAAGGUCAGGAGAUCAGCAAGUAAAGACAGUGAGGAUAGUGAAAAUGAUUCAGUGAACAUACUGACUGGGUCAGAGAAUGAAGGGGAUGUGCUGGAUCAGUACAGCAAUGAUUUAACGCCUUCAGCUUCACCAACAUUCUGAACUUUGCAGACACUCAGACCUGAAAUGCAGUAAAGCACUCCCCACUUAUGAAAUGCAAAGUGCCAAAUCUUUUUCUAUACAUAUACUGAAAAGGAUGUUCGCGUUUCUUCAGAUGGAAAGCAUGUUGCAACUUAAGGAGGAGGAAAGUAUUUUGCUUUUUUAAAAGUAAUCGCAGUGACUUAACCUGGUUUGAGACAUUUGACAGCUAUACUGGAGGCCGAAAUGGUUUUAAUUUUUUUGCAGCAUCAAUGCAGCUAUGAUGAGGUUAAAACAUGGUUUGGAAUACUGUUGUUUCACUUUUUGUGCCUGGAAUUAAAUUUCUCUUCUCUCCUGCCUUUA